CGCUGCCUCAGCACUUCCGGGUCGGGGCGGAGCCGGGAGCGUGACGCUGCCGGAGGCUCCGGGGCCGCUCGGCGCCUGGUAUUGUUCUCGCCGCCCGCUCUUCCCGCCGCCGCGGAGCGCUUCCCCCGCUGUCUCGGGAAGGGGAGCAGCGAGCAGAGCGAGCUCCGCAGGGGCGGAGCGCCAGCCCUGACAGCGGGGGCGGGGGGAGAGCGGGCGCGUCACGAAGGAGCGAGUCGGAACCGGAGAGCCGAGGACUGGGAGGCCAUGGCCUACGCGUAUCUCUUCAAGUAUAUCAUCAUCGGGGACACAGGUGUUGGGAAAUCAUGUUUAUUGUUACAGUUCACAGACAAGCGGUUUCAACCAGUCCACGACCUCACUAUUGGUGUAGAAUUUGGGGCUCGAAUGAUCACUAUUGAUGGAAAACAGAUAAAGCUUCAGAUAUGGGAUACGGCAGGGCAGGAGUCCUUCCGUUCCAUUACGAGGUCAUACUACAGAGGGGCAGCAGGGGCUUUACUAGUGUAUGACAUUACAAGGAGGGACACUUUCAACCACUUGACAACUUGGCUAGAAGACGCUCGUCAGCAUUCCAAUUCCAACAUGGUUAUAAUGCUUAUUGGAAAUAAAAGUGAUUUAGAAUCUAGACGAGAAGUCAAGAAAGAGGAAGGUGAAGCAUUUGCACGAGAACAUGGACUUAUCUUUAUGGAGACAUCUGCCAAAACUGCUUCCAAUGUAGAGGAGGCGUUUAUUAACACCGCGAAAGAGAUCUACGAGAAAAUCCAGGAAGGAGUUUUUGACAUUAAUAACGAGGCAAAUGGCAUCAAAAUUGGCCCUCAACAUGCUGCUACCAAUGCAACACUUGCAGGCAAUCAGGGAGGACAACAAGCUGGAGGAGGCUGCUGUUGAGCCUGUUUUUACUUUCUAGCUGCCUGGCUGGGGCCUACUAACUUGUUUGUUCACCCUUCCCUUCCCCAUCGCCCCGCUCGCCUCCACUUCAGUUCAACUGAGACAUGAAACUUGUAAGUUGGUUUCCUGUUGCAGAAGACUUUAUCCUUCAAAUUCUUGUAUAACUUUGAAUAAAUGGUUAAUGUUCACUUAAACCCCAGAUUUUGGAGAUUGUAUUCAUAUCUAUUUACAUUUGAUUUCUAGGUCAAUUGAUGUGAUUCUUUUUGUUCAAUGUUGUCUUGUGCCCUUGACUACGAACUGAAUUGUAUUAAACACUACAAAGUCAUCUGAGUAUUUUAAUCAGUUUGUGUAGUUAGGUUUCCCAGCUCCCCUGCAGUCACCUAAUGUUUAAUAUUGUAGAGCUGUCCUCAAAAGGUUUUGGUUUUGUUUUGGUUUGGUUUGGGUUUUUGGUUUUGGUUUCUUUUUGUUUGAUUUUUCCAGGCUAUGAAAAGAAGCAGAAGGACUCUUUUAAUUCUGUAUUUAUCACUUUCUGUAUAUAUAGUUUAAUAACCUGCUUGGGUGUACUUGCCAAGCUAGAAUUCUUUAAUGCAUUUGCAUAAAUUCUAUACUAUACUUAGAGCUUAAAAACUACAGAAGCAUUACUAGAAGUUGCUUGGACGCUGAAUUUUAAGCCUUUUUGACAUUGUUAGCAUGUUCAUCCUCCCCUGCCAUGAUCCUGAAGUCCAAGAGAAAUGCUUAAUGUAUAUUACUAGAGGCUACAUACAUGCUAUCUAUUUUAAUGCCAAAUGUUUGCUGUUUGUCCACAAUUUCCACAGCACCUCUUCAGAAAUGGAUUAGCUGUUUGCCUUAACGAGUUCUAUAGGUAAAAACCAGAGUGUGAGAAGUGGAGGAGGAGUUGAUCAAUUUCAAAUGGCACAUUAUAAAAACAUUAAUCUUUUCUUAAUGGUUUUUUUUCUCUCUCUCUUGUUUACCACUUGAUUUCUAGGUAUAUUUUUCAUGCAAGGACAGUUUUUCAACCUAAAUGUACAGUGGUUGUGUAAAGUUUUCUUUUAGUGACAACUUGUAAUCCUAACUAUAUGGUAAGCAUCUUGUCUAUUGUGAAGAGGGUGUGAAAAUAAAAUCUGCCAGUUUGGAAAUCUUGAUGAAAACCAAA